UCCAUGUUGUAUAUUGUUUUUGUAAAUAAAUUCUAAAAUAUCAUUUCAGGAUGUGCUCAAAAUCUAUGAUCUAGCCACGACAUAAACAUUAAGAUGGAUAAUUUUGAAUCUAAACACAAAAGCAUUGAAAAUUCGCUUUGUAACAUUUUCUUCCAAAGAGGCAUUUUAUUCCCGUGUAUAAUAAACCGUUACUAUGCAUUGACAACAAAGGUAAAAGUUAAAUUUCAGCUGGGAACAAAGUAAAUACGAGUGGACAGUUGUCACCCCGGUGCGGUGUUUGCACGGGAGCGUUUCUGGCGGGCGCCGUAAUCGAGAGGGGGCAUGGAUGGAACUUGUUUCACUUUUUGUCCAUUUCUAUGUAUGGUGUGCUUGUAACUGGUUCAAAUGAAAGAAUACAAUCGGUAUUAAUGAAAUGUUCUUUAGUAUUCAACGAUGAAAGCAGAAAGUUUAAUAAACGUUAUGGUUGGAUUGAUUAGUAGGCAGAAGGAAGGCUGUCUUAACCACUUAAAAGCAACCACUCCUAGAUGAUCUAUUGUGAUGGAGGCGACAACGCAAGAGUAGAUAUUUAGAAUUAUAAAGGAUACCUACGUGUUUAUUAAACCACUACAAGAAAAGAAGGAAUUUAAUAUUAAAUUUGAAGGUAUUUAUUUCGGUUUUCGUUUCUUGUAAAAUGUUUAAGAAGCUGUUAAAUUUGUUUAAAACUUCUUAACACCCAUCCAUAAACGCGCUCGAGAUGUUAUCGAUACCAGUCUCAACCAAAACUAAUGUUCCCUGGAAAUCUGCACACUUAUAAUCAUAUUUUAUUUCAUUACGAUACGCUAUCAGUGCUAAAUGUUCUCCAUUUAAGGAUGUUUCUGCAAAAAGCCCGUUUGGUAAAUUGGCGCGCAUACAUUAUCCCGCGCUGCAAGAUACGCCAACAUAAUGUGUGUGCAGACGUUUCGGCGCGAGUAAAUGGCCUGUCGCCUAUCGCCUGUCGCCCUUCUCCGCCCGUCGGGUCGCCGCCGCCCGGCGCCUCGGGUAUCACGAACGCGCGGUGCAGCUAUAAUUUUGCGAGUUCGAAGUUUAAAUUUGAUUUUUGUUUUUGCGAAAAAAUGGUUUUAGGUUUUGUCAGGGGGAUGAGGCAUUGAACUUAAGUAAAGUAAAAAAGAAAUCAACAGCACCGUACUUGAUAAUGAUAAGUAUUUCAUGCUCCACCCAAUUAAGGCCCCACCCAACCACCAAAACAGUAACUGCAUAAUUAUAACUUUUUGCUUUAGCAAAUUUAAGCAUAAAGGUGUUAACAAAACCAAAUCGAUUGUUAACCUUUGUCUGACUUUGAAUAAUCAGAUAUCGGUGUCGGCCGGGUCGGCGUGGUGUUCGCGACACGAUUUCGCACUGUGUCGCGCGCCGGCCGGCGGCGGCCGGCCACAAAUCUUCCGUUUCACUCCGGCCCAGCCUCCGCGCGGAGAGGAGGGAAACAGCACGCUUCAAAGCACGCGGCUGCGUGAUACCGGCUACUCCCGAAAUAGGCUGCCCCUCCCGCGCCCCGCGCCCGGCCCAUCGCCCAUCCAUCGACGUGCUUUUAGUAUGCUGCGCGCAUGCGAACCGCCCGCACCCUCUGCGCUCCUAGUAAUCAUAAACCAAAACGCGAAUAAACCCACAACAAACUGACCACACUGACCCCGCGAUAAUAACAUGCAAUAAACAAAAUGGUAGCUAUGCUAGCCAAUCCUAAAUGGAGCGAAGAUUUAACAAUUCAAAUGAUCAUAGAGUACGAAAAACGCGAAUAUCUAUGGAACCCGGUAUCGGAACAUUAUAAGAAUAAGAAGAUUCGCGAGCAGGGUUACGUGGAGAUUAUUAACGAGUUGAACUUGGUGGAUGUAACCGUUAAAGAAUUGAAGAAUAAGAUAAAGAAUAUCCGGUCGUCGUAUAGUGUGGAGCUGAAGAAGAUUCGCGCGGCGCGGAAGGCCGGCGCGCAUGCGUACCGGCCCAGCGUCACGUGGUUCGAGCACGCAGACAGGUUUCUGCGGGCGAUCGUCACUCCGAGCUCCGUGGAUACGAGUUUGCUGGAAAUACCGGCGAGCGACGACAGCGACGCUGUUCAAGAUUUAAGCGAGCGGAAAUCUCCGGAAAAAAAGAGUCCUCGCAAAAGGCGCAGCUCGACGCGGUCGUCGACGCCGUACGUGCUCAACACGCCGUCGCCGAGGCCCGGGACGCCGUUCGGGCUCAGCCAGCCGGCCGCGCCGUUCGGCAUCCUCCCGCCGGCCUCCUCCUCGUUUCUCAACCCUCCCGUGGGGAUCGCGACGCCGCUCAUUACGUCCCUCACCACCAUCUAUCCGGUGCCCGCUAAACAAAAGAAAGGCAAUUACGACGAUCGGAGCGAGGACGGUCCUCAGGAUUUAAGUCAGCACUCGGAAAACGGAAACGAGAACGAGUUCGAAAUGUUCGGGAAACUGAUAGCGAGCCAGCUGCGGAAGUUGCCGCUCAGUUUGGCGUUGGAAACGCAGCUCAAGAUACAAACUUUGGUGAACGCGGCGAGAAUUCAGGCUGUUUAUCAGCAAUACAAUUACCCCGGGCCGUCGCAGGAGGCUCUCUCGGUGCAGGCGUUAUCCAAUGGGAUUUUGGCUAGCAUGGCUACUCAAAGCUCAUACGCCUCACGUGUAAUGGGCUUGAGGAAUGAUUCUCCGGAAGAUAUGAGCCGCGAUUUGAGGACCGAAAAUUCUUUGGGGUCGGAGGUAGAAGAUUAAAUAAAGUCCGCGCCUUUCUGGAUGCGCAACAAAUAGAUAUAUCGCAUCCUUCAAGGAUUUGCAGGGAAUCUCGGGAAUUAAAGGGUUUUUAGAUGAUUAUAAAGUCUACGAUUGCUCAUAGGGUAUAGACGGGUACCUAAUCUCAAUGUUCGAUUAGACACAAUAAUUAAUGUGAUAGAUGUUUUAGAUACAAACACAUAAUUACUACAGAUCUGAUUAGUACAAAGAAAGCCCAUAUUGAUAUUCAGGAUACUUAAACUGGAGCUAGUCAAGUAUUUGGAUGUUUUAGAUGUUGUGAUCUCGUUGUUUCGGCUGUGUUAAUUUUAUUUUAUUUUAGAAAUUCUAAACUUUUACAAAAACUUUACUAUAUAAUUUAGUCAGGUGACAUUUUUUCGGGAAAAAAUGACGGAAUGUAAUGUUUUUUUAUGGACUUUGCUCAUCUCGACGAUGUCAAAUUCGAUUUGAAGUACUAAAUAUUUCCCUACCAUUACGAAUUUAUUUUGUGUGAUAGCUGCAUUUAAUAGUGAUACUAUUAUUAUUAAUGUGAUUAUAAAUGUAAAUGCAUGUCAUUAUUGAAUAAGAAAUAAAUACCUCAAAUAGACAGUAUAGAGAAUAGACUUGGAUAUAACUUGGAGUAUAUUUUAUCUGUUGUUCGAUGUGCCACGAUUAGAUUAUAAACAGAAUGUGAUUUAUUGAAAAUAAAAAGUUUUAUAAAUGUCA